GCGGGCAAACUUCCAUGUCAGCUACAGGCCGCCGUCGUCUCAAUAUCAUCUUGGAAUCUUUCGGAAUUUGCAUACAUAUCUACGAUUUUCUCCUUUCUCGAUUGAUCCUCUACAAGUCUCUAGUUAUUCUGAGAGCCUUAAAUACACAGAACUUGCACUCUCGAGCGUCAUGCAAGCGCCAUAGCAAAAACUGCCUGAAGGCAAUCUCUUCGAGCUUCGAGCCCCGAGCUUCAGGCUUCUCACAAAAUCCGAUCAAAGUUCCUGAUCCAGGAGCUGCGAAGAUAGAAAGCCACUUUUGAACUGUUGCAAAAGCCUAGAAUCCGUCAACAUGGCAGACCAAGACCGGAAAACUCAACCGCCUCUGGUCGAUAGUAUUUUGCAAUGUGGAAAGCAUGCCUUCGAUCCUGAGAUACCCAAAGAAUCAAGGCAGGAAAACAUCUCAAAAUUCAACUCCCUUUUGGGAAGCUCAGGUACACUGGCCCUGAUACCAGUUUUGAACCUCCUCAUUCAACCUGGCCGAGUACAGCCAUGGCUACGUACGCCUCUUAUCUCGGCUCUUGCACGGUUACCGUUGCGGCAUCGUGGAGUCCAACAUACUAUCGAGUUUGUGCUUUCAGUGCAUCCAAGUACUUCGAGCAGCACAGCACCUGCAAAUACAGGACGAGGAGCUGAUAUUUCUCAUGAAGCACUCAAUGCUAUAUCCCGACUGCUUUCAUCUCCCCCAGCUGGGAUGUCAGCCGAGGACUGGUUUGGAGGUAUUGCGCCACAGCUUUUAUCCCUCCUGGAUGGUGACGGGGAACCUGAGAUGGACAGAGCUGCUGCUUUUGUCAUCGGAUUUGGCAUUUUGGGUCGGAAGCAAUACGGAGCACCAGGAACUCCUGGAUGGAAUAGAUUUAUUGAGCCUAUGUUAUCGGCCCUUGAUCCUACUUUGGCUUCUCCCAAAGCUAGAAACAGUCCGGCAGAACUCAUCGAGACAGUUGGAGCCCGCAGAGUACUUGUCUCUGCUUUGGAGGUAUCCAAAGGACUACAGAGAUUAUCCACACUACUAACCUCACAUCCUCAUCCUGCUCUCUCAAAGCGCCUCUUGCGCCCUGUCCUUUUGCCUCUGUGGGCGCUCUCAUGUUGGCGCCAUGGGAAUGACCAAACACUUAAAAGAUACUGCGAAUCAGCAAGGAAGCUUCUAAAAGUAUUGAUACAAUUAUCUCCAGGCCAGACUGAUAUAUCAGAUCAGUCUGGACCGCCGUCUACAUUCAGUCUUUUAACAAAUAUCCUACAAAAUCUGACCUUCAAAGGCAGGGCAAGAGCAGGGCAGAAAGGCUGGGAGUAUAGCUCUGAUGACGUUGGUGGUAUAUUCAUCGUGGAGGUGAACCCAUCAGUCUCCCACGCAGCCCGAACUGCAUUCGAUGAUGUCUACAUCGGCCUUGCUAGCGAUGCUUUCAUAUCUUUACUCCAAGAUAUGCCUGAUGUGAAACCAGACAUAUCGAAGCUUUUCAUGAAUCUCUGCAAGAAGUGGCUUUCAAAUACGGCCAGAGCCAAUAAGCCACAUGUUAUCACCCAGGUCGGUCAGUUCAACAAAAGCAUUGACGAAGAUAUCGAGACAACCUUUAUUGAAGUCACGGUCAUGCGAAAAAUGAUGAAUACUUUUCCCGAGAACCUCGUGAAUGACUCGCACCAGGUACUUGAGCUUGUCAAUGGAGUUCUAUUAGAUUUCCUUACCCACAGUGACCUUGGUGAGGAUACGAUUGCUGUUGCUAUGAGUCUUCUCAAUACUGUCCUCACGUCUCCAAACUUUCUAGUCACGAACGAUCUUGGGCCCUGCCUGGCAUCUGUGGAAGCAUCGCUUGGCUCCAUAUGUCGCAAGAGACUGGAAGUCUCCUCGACUGCGCACAAUCUUCUGAUGCUACUGAGGUUUCGGAACAACGAGCCAGAAGGUAUCAACAUGAGCACGCCUACAGAUCGGCAAGUCGAGGACAAAAAGAGUUAUAGUCUUGCAAUGUCAUAUUUGACGGCGAUAGACUCUCCACCGCCAGUCCGGGUUCAAGGGCUGGAGCUGUUGUCGAGUUUGAUUCGGUCAAGCAGCCCAAUUUUGGAUAUACCAGCCCUUCUGGUUCUCUUCUCGUCUCUUCUCCAGGACAAUGAAGAGUACAUAUAUCUGCGGACAAUCAAGUCUUUUAUCCAGCUUUCUCAAAAGCAUCCAAAAUCUGUUAUGAAAGAUCUCACCGAUCGAUAUGUCGACUCACAAGAAGAGAGCGAACUCGAUCAGCGACUUCGACUUGGUGAGGCGCUUCUCCAAGUUAUCCAAAGCAACUACCUCGCAUUUGUAGGCGACACAUCGAAGUUCGUCUGUGAAGGUCUUAUCUUCCUUGCUGGACGUCGAGGUUAUAGGCCGAAGACCGAGCAACAGCAAAUCAAGAAAAACAAGCUUAAGCGGAAACAGAACAGUGACGCUGACGAGGCCUGGGGAGGGGAAGUUCCCCAACUUGACGAAGUCCUCGACACAGAGACUCAAAAAGAUAACGAGAUACUGGCGCAGAUCAUCGUCGGUUGGGAAAGCAAACGUGGACAGGAAGAUGUUCGGAUACGAGCAUCGGCACUCGCUAUUCUCGGCUCGGGCAUUGAAGCAAAUGUCGAAGGCAUCGGACCAAAUUUGAUAUCCACUGCAGUUGAUCUCAGCAUUCAUGUCCUUACUCUUGAGCCAGAGUCAGAGAAGGGUAUUCUACGUCGUGCAGCUAUCCUCCUCAUCAUGAAUUUUGUCAAGGCCCUAGAUUCCGCGAGGUCAGAAGGUAAGAAGUUGGGAUUUGGUUUUGUCGGUCAAAGUCUUGAUGACGUUCGCAGAGUGCUUGAGUACAUAGCAAGCACGGAUGACGAUGGCUUGGUUCGGGAGCACGCCAAGGAUGUGAUCGAGAGUCUUGAGGGAUGGCAAAUCAACGCUCUGAUUCGUCCACAGAACGAUCAGACCGACAUCAAAGAACUGGCAGGGCUGAGGAUCACACCUCGAGGGGUCGAAGAUACGAGUGGGCACGUGAGGCCAAGAAUCGAGGAGAUCGAUUGAAUGAGGAAUCUACCCCAGAUUAAUGAGGAAUGCGGCAACUUAUCCCUCCCUAUCCUUUAAGUCCAGAAGAAUGCAACAAUGGCCGUGAGAACUUCCAUUUUAGGUCACGCUCCCAACCACGUAUAAAGACAAAGGGGCAUAUUUGACUUGCUCUAAACUCUAUCCCAGGGAGCAGGCAUGCCUACAAAGGAGUUCGUCUCGACAUGGCCACGCAGGAUCGUGAGUGGAAAGUUUUGUCGUGGGAAUUUCAUCAUUGGUAGUACAGCAACAUUUCUGAGUUGCAGGGUAUAUAUGUCUAGGAACGGAUUGCGUUGGGCCCGUUUUGAAGAACCCUAUCGAUGUUAACUUCUACGUUUUUACUCCCCACAGAAUUACAAGCAUAACUAGCCGUCUUCAAUUCCUACCCCUCUCCCAUAUAUAUCAUCUACAUCCAGACCUGAAUCUCAUUAUGCACAAAUGCCUCUUUUCUACCCACAAGACACCAUGCCUCGACCUAGCAUACUCACCCGAUCCAGAACAGCACCUCAACUCUCGCCUAUUUCAGAUAUAUCACCUUCCAAACUUCCGUUCAUGGAUCCUUUCUCUCCAAAAUCAUCCCGUCACCACCACCAUCAUCAACAUCAAGAUCAGAGCGAUUACAUUGAAACUCAAAAUCUCACUGAGCACUUCACGCAAUCCUCGAGCUGUCUAGCCACACCCCGUCCCCCUCCACAUACGCACUCCAGUAUACCAAUACAAAAGCACCUUACCUGGCCCUUACGCCGCACAUCUCUCGCAUCUCUCGCAACAAAAUCCCUUCCCCAUUUACCUCUCCGCCCGACACGUCUCUUCCACAGGCUGCGAAGUUCAUUCUCCAAUGUCCACGUGGUGAAACCAGGAGAGGGAGAGCAUCACCAGCAUCAUCAUCAAGAUCAUGAGCAACAACACCGAAAACGGCGAGAUCAGCAUGAGCGUCGAGAAAGCGGAAGUGAGGGAGAGGACGGCUGGAGAGGAGAAGGCGAUACAUCGUUUGGUGGGGAGUAUGAAUGGGAUGAUUACUGGGAGGAAGUGGAAGUGCAUAUGCCGGGCGUGUGUUUGCACUUACCGCCUGAGGUAUCGAGGGAUAGGAGUGAGAUUGAGUACUUGAGGCGGUUGGAGAGGGAAGCUAUGAGUGCAAGGAUGGUUGGGAUUGUGACUUAGUUCAUACUUGCCCACUUGGUGCCUUUCACCAAAUCGUACAGUUGGCCAACCGCCUUUCGACUUUGGGAUUAUCUGAUGGAUGGGCGCGGAGCGCUUGAGCGGGACCGAAUUGUGAAGGGAUUGGGAACCUGAGGUUGGUGUUGGUUCUGUGUAACACAAGACGGUUUGAUGGCAUUUGGUGCCGGAUGUCAGCUGAUUGGGCCGGAUACGAAGCCUGCUGCUCCCUUUGUAAUCUCUAAUACUUCAAAGACAUUUUAUCGUCCGACUUACUCUUUCAAAUAUAAUGAUUGGGCUCAUUACGAGGCUCUUUUACUCUCCCUCUGUUUACUUCAUGGCAUGAAUGCCUACUUUUCAAGUUCAUUAUGUUCAUAAUCUGGUUCCCUCAUAUGAGUGGGCAUCCUACGAUGCUGUGCUUCCGUUGUAUAUUUAUUUGAAGCAUUUUUAUUGUUCAAGUUUACACUCCCGAAUGUCAUUCAUGAAUCGUGAUGAAUGUUAAGGUUGUCUGGGAGAAGCCAGACCGCAUGCGAUGAUUGAUCAUUAUGGCAUCACCUGUGACCAUCUUGUGCCUAUCGACGACCCCAAUCCAGAACUCCUGCAGAUGACGAAGAUGAUAGAGGCAUGCAUGCGAACAAGUAUAUCGAACCGGCUGAUUAUAUUAGGACCCACAAGUAGACAUCGCUAAAGAGAAAUACCUGAAACUAACGAUACCUGAUUCGCCUUUUUCUGCACAUGCAUACAAUUAUAAACAAUUAAGUAAUUUAC